AUUGUUCGACUGAGUUGAUGUCAACCCAAUGUUUGAAGAAGUAUGUCUCUGACUUUGCUACUAGUACAGUAACUAAAGUUAUAUGUGUGGUAAGCCAGGCUGCUUACCAGUGUGACGUUUAUUAGAUACACCACCUCGUUCAUGAAAAUAGUCCGCUCCUACAGACAGCGAGUCGCUGCCAGGUGCUUGUUCCAGUAUCUCAGAAAUGUCCGGCCACCUGGGCUUUUCACCCACAUCAGUGUCUAGGGUUAACAGAAAAUGGUGCAACAAACAAAAACAUCUAGUCAGACUGCAGUCCUGUGGGCGAAAACAGCUCCCUGAUGAGGUCGAAGGAGAAUGGCAAGAAUGACAGGUAACAGGCGGGCCACAAACAGGAAAAUAACGACACAGUACAACAGUUUCCAAAUGUUUUCAUUCAGGACCCCCUUCCAGCAUUGGAGAACAUCCUGCACCGACCCGUCGCCCUGGCACAGUUUGGGAACCACUGCUGAACUGUAUCUCGGAAUUCAUAACUCGUCGGUCCUUGUCACACCGGGCUCCACUCCUAUCAGCUAAAAUCAAGAGCGCCUUCAGUGGGCACGCCAUCCCCAACACAGGACAACUGAGGAGUGGAAAACAUUACCUGGUCCAACGAAUCUCGGUUCCUGUUGCAUCAUGCUGAUGUCAGAGUCAGGAUGCCCCCAAAAAAUCAGACUGUUCUGACCCCGCCCCCUCUAUGCAUCCAGAACUAGUACUGGAUGGGUGUACCUAAUAAAUUGGCCACUUUGUGUGUGUGUAGUGCUAUAUGGUGUCCUGUGAUCAGGCUGUUCUCUGUUGUGUAGGUGUGUGGUGCUAUAUGGUGUCCUGUGAUCAGGCUGUUCUCUGUAGUGUAGGUGUGUGGUGCUAUAUGGUGUCCUGUGAUCAGGCUGUUCUCUGUAGUGUAGGUGUGUGGUGCUAUAUGGUAUCCUGUGAUCAGGCUGUUCUCUGUAGUGUAGGUGUGUGGUGCUAUAUGGUAUCCUGUGAUCAGGCUGUUCUCUGUAGUGUAGGUGUGUGGUGCUAUAUGGUAUCCUGUGAUCAGACUGUUCUCUGUAGUGUAGGUGUGUGGUGCUAUAUGGUGUGUGUGGUGCUAUAUGGUAUCCUGUGAUCAGACUGUUCUCUGUAGUGUAGGUGUGUGGUGCUAUAUGGUAUCCUGUGAUCAGACUGUUCUCUGUAGUGUAGGUGUGUGGUGCUAUAUGGUAUCCUGUGAUCAGGCUGUUCUCUGUAGUGUAGGUGUGUGGUGCUAUAUGGUAUCCUGUGAUCAGGCUGUUCUCUGUAGUGUAGGUGUGUAGUUCUAUAUGGUAUCCAGUGAUCAGGCUGUUCUCUGUAGUGUAGGUGUGUAGUUCUAUAUGGUAUCCUGUGAUCAGGCUGUUCUCUGUAGUGUAGGUGUGUGGUGCUAUAUGGUAUCCUGUGAUCAGGCUGUUCUCUGUAGUGUAGGUGUGUGGUGCUAUAUGGUGUCCUGUGAUCAGGCUGUUCUCUGUAGUGUAGGUGUGUGGUGCUAUAUGGUAUCCUGUGAUCAGGCUGUUCUCUGUAGUGUAGGUGUGUAGUUCUAUAUGGUAUCCUGUGAUCAGGCUGUUCUCUGUAGUGUAGGUGUGUGGUGCUAUAUGGUGUCCUGUGAUCAGGCUGUUCUCUGUAGUGUAGGUGUGUGGUGCUAUAUGGUGUCCUGUGAUCAGGCUGUUCUCUGUAGUGUAGGUGUGUGGUGCUAUAUGGUGUCCUGUGAUCAGGCUGUUCUCUGUAGUGUAGGUGUGUGAUGCUAUAUGGUAUCCUGUGAUCAGGCUGUUCUCUGUAGUGUAGGUGUGUGGUGCUAUAUGGUAUCCUGUGAUCAGGCUGUUCUCUGUAGUGUAGGUGUGUGGUGCUAUAUUGUGUCCUGUGAUCAGGCUGUUCUCUGUAGUGUAGGUGUGUGAUGCUAUAUGGUAUCCUGUGAUCAGGCUGUUCUCUGUAGUGUAGGUGUGUGGUGCUAUAUGGUGUGUGGUGCUAUAUGGUGUCCUGUGAUCAGGCUGUUCUCUGUAGUGUAGGUGUGUGGUGCUAUAUGGUGUCCUGUGAUCAGGCCGUUCUCUGUAGUGUAGGUGUGUGGUGCUAUAUGGUGUGUGGUGCUAUAUGGUGUCCUGUGAUCAGGCCGUUCUCUGUAGUGUAGGUGUGUGGUGCUAUAUGGUGUCCUGUGAUCAGGCUACUGUUCUCUGUAGUGUAGGUGUGUGGUGCUAUAUGGUGUCCUGUGAUCAGGCUGUUCUCUGUAGUGUAGGUGUGUGGUGCUAUAUGGUGUCCUGUGAUCAGGCUGUUCUCUGUAGUGUAGGUGUGUGGUGCUAUAUGGUGUCCUGUGAUCAGGCUGUUCUCUGUAGUGUAGGUGUGUGGUGCUAUAUGGUAUCCUGUGAUCAGGCUGUUCUCUGUAGUGUAGGUGUGUGGUGCUAUAUGGUGUCCUGUGAUCAGGCUGUUCUCUGUAGUGUAGGUGUGUGAUGCUAUAUGGUAUCCUGUGAUCAGGCUGUUCUCUGUAGUGUAGGUGUGUGGUGCUAUAUGGUGUCCUGUGAUCAGGCUGUUCUCUGUAGUGUAGGUGUGUGGUGCUAUAUGGUAUCCUGUGAUCAGGCUGUUCUCUGUAGUGUAGGUGUGUGGUGCUAUAUGGUGUCCUGUGAUCAGGCUGUUCUCUGUAGUGUAGGUGUGUGGUGCUAUAUGGUGUCCUGUGAUCAGGCUGUUCUCUGUAGUGUAGGUGUGUGGUGCUAUAUGGUAUCCUGUGAUCAGGCUGUUCUCUGUAGUGUAGGUGUGUAGUGCUAUAUGGUAUCCUGUGAUCAGGCUGUUCUCUGUAGUGUAGGUGUGUGGUGCUAUAUGGUAUCCUGUGAUCAGGCUGUUCUCUGUAGUGUAGGUGUGUGAUGCUAUAUGGUAUCCUGUGAUCAGGCUGUUCUCUGUAGUGUAGGUGUGUGGUGCUAUAUGGUAUCCUGUGAUCAGGCUGUUCUCUGUAGUGUAGGUGUGUGAUGCUAUAUGGUAUCCUGUGAUCAGGCUGUUCUCUGUAGUGUAGGUGUGUGGUGCUAUAUGGUGUCCUGUGAUCAGGCUGUUCUCUGUAGUGUAGGUGUGUGGUGCUAUAUGGUAUCCUGUGAUCAGGCUGUUCUCUGUAGUGUAGGUGUGUGGUGCUAUAUGGUGUCCUGUGAUCAGGCUGUUCUCUGUAGUGUAGGUGUGUGGUGCUAUAUGGUAUCCUGUGAUCAGGCUGUUCUCUGUAGUGUAGGUGUGUGGUGCUAUAUGGUGUCCUGUGAUCAGGCUGUUCUCUGUAGUGUAGGUGUGUGAUGCUAUAUGGUAUCCUGUGAUCAGGCUGUUCUCUGUAGUGUAGGUGUGUGGUGCUAUAUGGUGUCCUGUGAUCAGGCUGUUCUCUGUAGUGUAGGUGUGUGAUGCUAUAUGGUAUCCUGUGAUCAGGCUGUUCUCUGUAGUGUAGGUGUGUGGUGCUAUAUGGUGUCCUGUGAUCAGACUGUUCUCUGUAGUGUAGGUGUGUGGUGCUAUAUGGUGUCCUGUGAUCAGGCUGUUCUCUGUAGUGUAGGUGUGGUGCUAUAUGGUGUCCUGUGAUCAGACUGUUCUCUGUAGUGUAGGUGUGUGGUGCUAUAUGGUGUCCUGUGAUCAGGCUGUUCUCUGUAGUGUAGGUGUGUGGUGCUAUAUGGUAUCCUGUGAUCAGGCUGUUCUCUGUAGUGUAGGUGUGUGGUGCUAUAUGGUAUCCUGUGAUCAGGCUGUUCUCUGUAGUGUAGGUGUGUGGUGCUAUAUGGUAUCCUGUGAUCAGGCUGUUCUAUGUAGUGUAGUUCUAUAUGGUGUCCUGUGAUCAGGCUGUUCUCUGUAGUGUAGGUGUGUGGUGCUAUAUGGUGUCCUGUGAUCAGGCUGUUCUCUGUAGUGUAGGUGUGUGGUGCUCUAUGGUAUCUGGUGUUCAGGCUGUUCUGUAGUGUAGGUGUAUGGUGCUAUAUGGUGUCCUGUGAUCAGGCUGUUCUCUGUAGUAUAGGUGUGUGGUGCUAUAUGGUGUCCUGUGAUCAGGCUGUUCUCUGUAGUAUAGGUGUGUGGUGCUGUAUGGUGUCCUGUGAUCAGGCUGUUCUCUGUAGUGUAGGUGUGUGAUGCUAUAUGGUAUCCUGUGAUCAGGCUGUUCUCUGUAGUGUAGGUGUGUGGUGCUAUAUGGUAUCCUGUGAUCAGGCUGUUCUCUGUAGUGUAGGUGUGUGGUGCUAUAUGGUAUCCUGUGAUCAGGCUGUUCUCUGUAGUGUAGGUGUGUGGUGCUAUAUGGUGUCCUGUGAUCAGGCUGUUCUCUGUAGUGUAGGUGUGUGAUGCUAUAUGGUAUCCUGUGAUCAGGCUGUUCUCUGUAGUGUAGGUGUGUGGUGCUAUAUGGUAUCCUGUGAUCAGGCUGUUCUCUGUAGUGUAGGUGUGUGGUGCUAUAUGGUGUCCUGUGAUCAGGCUGUUCUCUGUAGUGUAGGUGUGUGGUGCUAUAUGGUAUCCUGUGAUCAGGCUGUUCUCUGUAGUGUAGGUGUGUGGUGCUAUAUGGUAUCCUGUGAUCAGGCUGUUCUCUGUAGUGUAGGUGUGUGGUGCUAUAUGGUGUCCUGUGAUCAGGCUGUUCUCUGUAGUGUAGGUGUGUGGUGCUAUAUGGUAUCCUGUGAUCAGGCUGUUCUAUGUAGUGUAGUUCUAUAUGGUGUCCUGUGAUCAGACUGUUCUCUGUAGUGUAGGUGUGUGGUGCUAUAUGGUGUCCUGUGAUCAGGCUGUUCUCUGUAGUGUAGGUGUGUGGUGCUAUAUGGUGUCCUGUGAUCAGGCUGUUCUCUGUAGUGUAGGUGUGUGGUGCUAUAUGGUGUCCUGUGAUCAGGCUGUUCUCUGUAGUGUAGGUGUGUGGUGCUAUAUGGUAUCCUGUGAUCAGACUGUUCUCUGUAGUGUAGGUGUGUGGUGCUAUAUGGUGUCCUGUGAUCAGGCUGUUCUCUGUAGUAUAGGUGUGUGGUGCUAUAUGGUGUCCUGUGAUCAGGCUGUUCUCUGUAGUAUAGGUGUGUGGUGCUAUAUGGUGUCCUGUGAUCAGGCUGUUCUCUGUAGUAUAGGUGUGUGGUGCUAUAUGGUAUCCUGUGAUCAGGCUGUUCUCUGUAGUGUAGGUGUAUGGUGCUAUAUAGUGUCCUGUGAUCAGGCUGUUCUCUGUAGUAUAGGUGUGUGGUGCUAUAUGGUAUCCUGUGAUCAGGCUGUUCUCUGUAGUAUAGGUGUGUGGUGCUAUAUGGUAUCCUGUGAUCAGGCUGUUCUCUGUAGUGUAGGUGUAUGGUGCUAUAUAGUGUCCUGUGAUCAGGCUGUUCUCUGUAGUAUAGGUGUGUGGUGCUAUAUGGUAUCCUGUGAUCAGGCUGUUCUCUGUAGUAUAGGUGUGUGGUGCUAUAUGGUAUCCUGUGAUCAGGCUGUUCUCUGUAGUAUAGGUGUGUGGUGCUAUAUGGUAUCCUGUGAUCAGGCUGUUCUCUGUAGUAUAGGUGUGUGGUGCUAUAUGGUAUCCUGUGAUCAGGCUGUUCUCUGUAGUAUAGGUGUGUGGUGCUAUAUGGUGUGUGGUGCUAUAUGGUGUCCUGUGAUCAGGCCGUUCUCUGUAGUGUAGGUGUGUGGUGCUAUAUGGUGUGUGGUGCUAUAUGGUGUCCUGUGAUCAGGCCGUUCUCUGUAGUGUAGGUGUGUGGUGCUAUAUGGUGUGUGGUGCUAUAUGGUGUCCUGUGAUCAGGCCGUUCUCUGUAGUGUAGGUGUGUGGUGCUAUAUGGUGUCCUGUGAUAAGGCUGUUCUCUGUAGUGUAGGUGUGUGGUGCUAUAUGGUGUCCUGUGAUCAGACUGUUCUCUGUAGUGUAGGUGUUUGGUGCUAUAUGGUGUCCUGUGAUCAGGCUGUUCUCUGUAGUGUUGGUGUGUGGUGCUAUAUGGUGUGUGUGGUGCUAUAUGGUGUCCUGUGAUCAGGCCGUUCUCUGUAGUGUAGGUGUGUGGUGCUAUAUGGUGUCCUGUGAUCAGGCUGUUCUCUGUAGUGUAGGGGUGUGGUCCUGUGAUCAGACUGUUCUCUGGUAUAGUGUCACUUUCAGUGGUGACUGAGCUCCUCCAGUAUUGACAAGCCCAGCCUCUCUCUCAAUUCAAUUCAAUUCAAGGGCUUUAUUGGCAUGGGUAACGUAUGUUAACAUUGCCAAAGCAAGUGAUAUACAGUUGAAGUUGGAAGUUUACGUACACCUUAGCCAAAUACAUUUAAACUCAGUUUUUCACAAUUCCUGACAUUUAAUCCUAGUAAAAAUCCCCCAUUUUAUUUUAAGAAUGUGAAAUGUCACAAUAAUAGUAUAGAGUGAUUAGCUUUUAUUUAUUUCAUCACAUUCUCAAUGGGUUAGAAGUUUACAUACACUCAAUUAGUAUUUGGUAGCAUUGCCUUUAAAUGUUUUAACUUGGGUCAAACAUUUCAGGUAGCCUUCCACAAGCUUCCCACAAUAAAUUGGGUGAAUUUUGGCCCAUUCCUCCUGAAAGAGCUGGUGUAACUGAGUCAGGUUUGUAGGAUCCUUGCUCGCACACGCUUUUUCAGUUGUGCCCACAAAAUGUCUAUGGGAUUGAGGUCAGGGCUUUGUGAUGGCCACUCCAAUACCUUGACUUUGUUGUCCUUAAGCCAUUUUGCCACAACUUUGGAACUAUGCUUGGGGUCAUUGUCCAUUUGGAAGAUCCAUUUGCGACCAAGCUUUAACUUCCUGACUGAUGUCCUGAGAUGUUGCUUCAAUAUAUUCACAUAAUUUUCCUAACUCAUGAUGCCAUCUAUUUUGUGAGGUGCACCAGUCCCUACAGCAGCAAAGCACCCCCACAAUAUGAUGCUGCCACCUCCCUGCUUCACGGUUGAGAUGGUGUUCUUUUUUGCAAGCCUCUCCCCUUUUCCUCCAAACACAACAAUGGUCAUUAUGGCCAAACAGUUAUGUUUGUUUCAUCAGACCAGAGUACAAAAAGUACGAUCUUUGUCCUCAUGUGCUGUUGCAAACCAUAGUCUGGCUUUUUAAUGGUGGUUUUGGAGCAGUGGCUUCUUCCUUGCUGAGCGGCCUUUCAGGUUAUGUCGAUAUAGGACAAAUUUUACUGUGGAUAUAGAUACUUUUAUACCCGUUUCCUCCAGCAUCUUCACUAGGUCCUUUGCUGUUAUUCUGGGAAUGAUUUUCCCUUUUCGCACCAAAGUACUUUCAUUUCUAGGAGACUGAACGAGUCUCCUUGCUGAGCAUUAUGACAGCUGCGUGGACCCAUGGUGUUUAUACUUGCGUACUAUUGUUUGUACAGAUGAACGUGGUACCUUCAGGCUCUCAAGGAUGACCCAGACUUGUGGAGGUCUACAAUUUUUUUCUGAAGUCUUAGCUGAUUUAUUUUGAUUUCCCCAUGAUGUUGAGCAAAGAGGCACUGAGUGUGAAGGUGGGCCUUGAAAUACAUCCAAUUGGUACACCUCCAAUUGACUCAAAUUAUGUCAAUUAGCCUAUCAGAAGCAUCUAAAGCCAUGACAUUUUCUGAAAUUUUCCAAGCUGUUUAAAGGCACAGUCAACUUAUUGUAUGUAAACUUCUGACCCACUGGAAUUGUGAUACACUGAAUUAUAAGUGAAAUAAUCUGUCUGUAAACCAAUUGUUGGAAAAAUGGUUUGUCAUGCACAAAGUAGAUGUCCUAACCGACUUGCUAUAACUAUAGUUUGUUAACAAGAAAUUUGUGGAGUGGGUGAAAAAUGAGUUUUAAUGACUCCCACCUAAGUGCAUGUAAACUUCCAACCUCAACUGUAGAUAAUAAACAAUAAAAGUAUAGUAAACAUUACACUCACAAAGUUCCAAAAGAGUAGACAUUUCAAAUGUCAUGUAGAUAUGGAAGUUUAUAAAAAUUGGGGUAGUUUUUUAAUUCUUUGGAUCUCAUUAAUCGGAGGGAAAUGUGUCUUUCAUAUGGUCAUACAUUUGGCAGGAGGUUAGGAAGUGCAGCUCAGUUUCCACCUCAUUUUGUGGGCAGUGAGCACAUAGCCUGUCUUUUCUUGAGAGUCAGGUCUGCCUUAUUGUGGCCUUUCUCAAUAGUAAGGCUAUGCUCACUGAGUCUGUACAUAGUCAAAGCUUUCCUUAAGUUUGGGUCAGUCACAGUGGUAAGGUAUUCUGCCACUGCGUACUCUCUGUUUAGGGCCAAAUUGCAUUCUAGUUUGCAUUUUCUACAUUUUUAUAAAUUCUUUCCAAUGUGUCAAGUAAUUCUCUUUUUGUUUUCUCAUGAUUUGUUCGGGUCUAAUUGUGUUGCUGUGCUGUCCUAGGGCUCUGUGGGGUCUGUCUGUUUGUGAACAGAGCCCCAGGACCAGCUUGCUUUGGAGUCUCUUCUCCAGGUUAAUCUCUCUGUAGGUGAUGGCUUUGUUAUGGAAGGUUUGGGAAUCUCUACCUUUUAGGUGGUUGUAGAAUUUAACGUGUCUUUUCUGGAUUUUGAUCAUUAGUGGGUAUCUGCCUAAUUCUGCUCUGCAUGCAUUAUUUGGUGUUUUACGUUGUACACUGAGGAUAUUUUUCCAGAAUUCUGCAUGCAGAGUCUCAAUUUGGUGUUUGUCCCGUUUUGUGAAUUAUUGGUUGGUGAGCGGACCCCAGACCUCACAACCAUAAAGACAACUGAUUCAGGUAUUUUUUUUGUCAGAUUCUAAUUGGUAUGUCGAAUUUAUGUUCCUUUUGAUGGCAUAGAAUGCCCUUGUCUCUCAGCUCGUUUACAGAUUUGUGGAAGUUACCUGUGGCACUGAUGGUUGGUAUGUAUGGUUUUUGUGUGCUCUAGGGCAACGGUGUCCAGAUGGAAUUUGUAUUUGUGGUCCUGGCGACUUGACCUUUUUUGGAACACCAUUAUUUUUGUCUUACUCAAAUGUAAUGUCAGGGCCCAGGUCUGGCUAAAUCUGUGCAGAAGAUUGUAGGUGCUGCUGUAGGCCCUCCUUGGUUGGUGACAGAAACAUCUGAUUAUCAGCAAAUAGUAGACGUUUGAUUUAAGAUUCUAGUAGGGUGAGGCCAUGUGCUGCAGACUAGUUCCCUCGCCAAUUCGUUGAUAUAUAUGUUGAAGAGGGUGGGGCUUCUCCCUCGUGUGUCUCUUCUGUCUGGAGCUUAUGUUCUUCCGUGGCAUACUGCCAAAUCAGGUCACUAUACAUCAGGUCAUCUCUUAUUCUCUAAGAGCACUUGGCAGAUAAUGGCCCCUGGCCAAAAUGUUUGCAUAGAUAUUGAUGUUUUGUUUCUCUCUCACUCUUUUGUCC